AUGGCACCGAAGACAGCACUGACAUUUGAAUUUUUCAUGGAGCACGACCAAAUUCCAGAGAACCUGUCCAUCCUAAUUUACACAGAGGAAGAGGAAGUUGAGGAUUAUUUUGACGCCGAAUGGGACGAGGAUACUGCUCCAGAUUCGCCAGUGUUCUCGGGGAAGACAAGCAUUGAGGCUAUCUACAGCUCGUGCGCCACGACAGACUCGUCGAGUGUCCUUGGAGGCUGUGUUGCACCAACAACACCAGCCAAGGCAACAACGCCUCACCAGAUGAGCAGCACCCCAGUCGUGUUCACGGGGGAGACCCGAGCAUCGCCAAGAAUGAGUUUCACGACGCCUUUAUAUCGUCCUAGCGAAUUGGGUAUCGAUCUUACCAGUGGCAUUGUGGAUCCACGCUUUUGA